AAAAAAAAAAAAACGCCACUCUUUAACGCCCAAAACCUGUUUUCUCUCUCGCAUCAGUGAACGAGUAGUAGUAUAUCGCCAUGGAGAGGUAUCGGAGAGCCUCGCAAAUCCUUCUACGAUACGUCUCCUGCGAAACCCGAUCCCUUUCGAAGCGUCCGUGCGGAUCCUCAAUCGCAGGCCAAUCUCGUAUUCAAGAACAGUUUAUAAGAGAAUACAAUACGAAGUUGCGUAAUGUUUUACCCCACAGUAUGCCGCGGGUUUGCACGAGAACAGUUCAAGGUUCGAGAAUUUUCUGUCUUGAUAGACCAUGUGGAAUUCAGGGUCGGUCGUAUAGUUCUGCAGCCACAUACGCUCAAAGGAACCCAUCCUAUUCGACGCUAAAUUCUAGUGACAUCACCUAUUUUAGAAGUAUUUUGGGCGACAAGAAUGUAGUUCAGGAUGAAGAUAGACUGUCGGCUGCUAAUACGGAUUGGAUGCGGAAGUACAAAGGUUCGAGCCAGCUUUUGCUCCUACCGAAAACCACUGAAGAGGUAUCUAAAAUUCUUUUUUAUUGCAACUCCAGACGAUUGGCUGUUGUUCCCCAGGGUGGCAACACUGGUCUUGUAGGGGGUAGUGUUCCUGUUUUUAAUGAGGUAAUCAUCAAUAUGGCUUCCAUGGACAAGAUAAUUUCCCUUGACAAGGUCAAUGGUAUACUCACUUGUGAAGCAGGAUGUAUUUUGGAGAACUUAAACAACUAUUUGACAAGUGAAGGAUUUAUCAUGCCACUUGACUUGGGGGCAAAAGGAAGUUGCCAAAUUGGUGGAAAUGUUUCAACUAAUGCAGGUGGUUUGCGCUUCAUACGCUAUGGAUCACUUCAUGGAAAUAUUCUUGGACUAGAAGUUGUUCUAGCUAAUGGAACUGUCCUUGACAUGCUUGGAACUUUACGCAAAGACAAUACAGGAUAUGACUUGAAACACUUAUUUAUAGGAAGUGAAGGUUCUCUAGGGAUUGUCACGAAGGUUUCAAUACUCACCCCAGCUAAGCUUUUGUCAACUAACCUUGCAUUUCUGGCAUGUAACGACUACUUAAGCUGCCAGAAAUUAUUAUUUGAAGCCAAGCGGGAACUAGGUGAGGUUCUUUCUGCAUUUGAGUUCAUGGAUAGCCAUGCUAUUGAUUUGGUUUUGGGUCACUUAGAGGGACUUCGCAAUCCUUUACCAACAUCCUCGUACAAAUUUUACGUUCUUAUUGAGACCACGGGUAGUGAUGAAUCAUAUGACAAAGCAAAGCUUGAAGCUUUUCUGUUACACUCGAUGGAAUGUGCUCUGGUUUCAGAUGGAGUGAUAGCUCAAGAUAUAAGCCAAGCAUCCACAUUUUGGAGAAUUCGAGAGGGUAUAUCAGAAGCAUCAGUGAAAUUGGGAGCUGUCUACAAGUAUGACUUAUCAUUACCUGUUGAGAAGCUUUAUGAUAUCGUUGAAGAAAUGAGUCAACGGCUUGGUGACGUGGCGAAGGUAGUGGGGUAUGGUCAUCUCGGAGAUGGAAACUUGCAUUUAAACAUCUUGACAGCCGAAUACAGUGAUGAUAUUCUCGCAAAAAUUGAACCUUUCGUCUAUGAGUGGACUUCCAUGCACAGAGGAAGUAUCAGUGCAGAGCAUGGAUUAGGAUUAAUGAAAGCUGAUAAAAUUCACUACAGCAAGUCAUCAGAAACUGUGCAACUAAUGGCUUCUAUCAAAAAGUUGUUGGACCCCAACUGCAUAUUGAACCCUUACAAAGUCCUCCCUCAAUCUGUGCUCUAAAUAAACUGAGGUAAUCAAAUUCUUGUUGCUCUGUAUUUAUAAAUAAACGCCGUAUUGAAAUAUUUUGUUUUAUGGUAUCUCCUUUCAGCUGAUUUAAUUUGCAUGUUUUAUCUAGUGCUGAAAGUAGAGUUUUCUAAGUUUCUUAUUAACGGUCAAUAGUGAAAUAAUUUGCUAAGACAAUCAUUUCACUCUCUGUGACCUCUUUAUCUUCUUAGACAUGCAAAUUAAUACUCCCAUUUCAUCAAGUAUCUGCAACUGUUUCUGUAUAUUUAACUAAUAGCUCUAUGUAUCUAAGAGAGAAUCAAUACUCUUUUUUGUUCACGUAAUAUUGGCAUACCUUGUACUCUCUUCA